CUAUCACGAGAUCAAGCAGUUUUCUUCUGUGAUGGUGAAUAUUCCUCACUACCUAGCACCCUCCUAGGCGUCACAAGCCUGGUGAAGACGUCACAGUUUAAUGACGUCACAGCUGUUGGUGAUGACGUCACAGCAGUUGAUGCUUACGUCACAGAAGUUAGUGAAGACGUCACGGUUGAAAUUUGUUACUUCUUCCUAUUUACUAGUUUCCAAUCCCCAGUUACUAAUUUCCAGUCCCCAGUUACUAGUUUCCAGUCCCCAGUUACUAGUUUCCAGUCCCCAGUUACUAGUAUCCAGUCCCCAGUUACUAGUUUACAAUCCCCAGUUACUAGUUUCCAAUCCCCAGUUACUAGUUUCCAAUCCCCAGUUACUAGUUUCCAAUCCCCAGUUACUAGUAUCCAAUCCCCAGUUACUAGAGUCCAGUCCCCAGUUACUAGUUUCCAAUCCCCAGUUACUAGUAUCCAAUCCUCAGUUACUAGUUUCCAAUCCCCAGUUACUAGUAUCCAGUCCCCAGUUACUAGUUUUCAGUCCUCAGUUACUAGUAUCCAGUCCCCAGUUACUAGUUUCCAAUCCCCAGUUACUAGUUUCCAAUCCCCAGUUACUAGUUCCCAAUCCCCAGUUACUAGAGUCCAGUCCCCAGUUACUAGUUUCCAAUCCCCAGUUACUAGUAUCCAAUCCCCAGUUACUAGAGUCCAGUCCCCAGUUACUAGUUUCCAAUCCCCAGUUACUAGUAUCCAAUCCUCAGUUACUAGUUUCCAAUCCCCAGUUACUAGUAUCCAGUCCCCAGUUACUAGUUUUCAGUCCUCAGUUACUAGUAUCCAGUCCCCAGUUACUAGUUUCCAAUCCCCAGUUACUAGUUUCCAAUCCCCAGUUACUAGUUCCCAAUCCCCAGUUACUAGAGUCCAGUCCCCAGUUACUAGUUUCCAAUCCCCAGUUACUAGUAUCCAAUCCCUUUCUUAA